GUUGAUGGCUACGACCGCUACGAUGCAGGGCGUGUCUGCUGCAGUCUGCUAUCCGAUUGCCUCGUUAUACCGUGCCGGCUGCCUGAGAUUGUAGUUGUUCGUGAAUAGCCUGAUGCAGUCCCGUGUGCAUAGUAUUUUCUGUGUCAGCUGGCAACGGUUGACGGAGGUUGACAGCAGUGCUGGAGUCUGUGCAAUGUUGUAAUGAUUUGUUGUGACUGAAGAAUUUUUUUUAUUAGAAAAUGGAUCAAGACAGAUAUUUGUGUGAUAAGCAGUCAUCUUCUGACUGCUGUGGUACCGAUCCAAAUUUACGACUUAAAGUCCUCUCGGACUUAGGAAAUUCAGUAGAAAUAGACAAUAACAUUCCGCCUAGAAGAUAUUACAGGUCUGGCUUGGAAAUGGUGCGGAUGGCUAAUGUGUAUCUGAAAGAAGGCAGUUUGGAGAAUGCUUAUAUUUUAUACAUGAAGUUUAUGACGCUGUUCAUUGAAAAAAUCCGUCACCAUCCUGAUUUUUCAAACGUGUCAGUAACGGAUAGAGCCAUUAAUGCCGAGAAGCUGAGAGAAGUUUUACCGAGAGCGGAGAAGCUAAAGACCCAACUUCUGGAGCAUUAUACACAUGAAUAUAAGAGAUACUGUGAAGAACAGAAACUGAGAGAGCAGGAGGAACUUGAGCGUCGAAAAAGAGAAACAAAAGAAAGUAAAAAACGUGAAGACCUAAAAAUCACACCCCCACAGAUUUUGCCAGCGGAAAGGGGGAAGUCCAUACCAGGAUCAUCUGUAGUUGUAAUGCCUCCUGUUCCUACUGAUAAUGUAAUUUAUCCAGAUAUGCUGGAACCAGAAAAACCGAGUUACAUACCUAAGCCAGACAGUCUUUCCGUAUCUGCCCCAAGUAUUUCCAUNCAUUCCAAAAUUGGAUUGCGAGAUGUUGUAAUUCCAUCAAGACUUAUGGGAAAAUUUAUGAACCUGGCGCAGCAGAACACAAACCAGAAUAUUGAGACUUGUGGAAUAUUGGCUGGAACACUUAAUCAUGGGCAACUUAUUAUUACGCACCUUCUGGUUCCGAAACAGAAUGGAACUGGAGAUUCAUGUACAACACAAAAUGAAGAAGAAAUAUUUGACUAUCAAGAUCAGCAUGACCUUAUAACUCUUGGGUGGAUUCAUACUCACCCAAGUCAGACUGCAUUCCUUUCGAGCGUAGAUUUGCAUACCCACUGCUCAUACCAGCUUAUGAUGCCUGAAGCGCUUGCCAUUGUGUGUGCCCCACGGUAUCAAGAAAAUGGAUUCUUCAUUUUGACUCCUAACUAUGGCUUGGAUUUUAUUGCAAACUGUAGACAGACUGGUUUUCAUCCUCAUCCCAGUGAGCCACCAUUAUACAUGAAAGCAGAACAUUCCAAGUUUGACAACGCUGCCUCUGUAGAAGUCGUGGAUUUAAGGAGAUGAGUUAUGUGGUGUUUACACCAUAGGAAAUUAUCUUUGUCAAAGCCUCUGAGUAAACUAUUGAGUAUUAACUUACCUGCUUGGAAUAUUUUUGAUGUGAAGAAGCUCUGGACAUUAAAUCAAAACAUGAAUGACUCUCAGUACUAGGAUUUGUAUCUUGUUUCAUACUGCACUUGGUUUAAUUGUACAACUGUGUGGCUUGUUCAAGGAUAGCUCUGGGCAAAAGAAUAGAGCCAAUUAAGACUAUUCCCCUUGGGUGUUGAGGCAGGCAUCUCAGUGAUACACCAAGUGGUAGAUCCUCUUCUUGAGAUGCUGCUAGAACCACUGCACAGUUGUGGCUUUUAUGACUGUGUCCACCCUGAAACUGUGGCAGCAAGAGGCCCAUAAUGUUUGGGGGAUGGCCCAGCAUCUGGCGUGCAAUGUGUCCUGGACAGUGCAGUUCACAUGGGCAUGGUGAUUGUCAUGCAACACAGCAACACUCCUCAUGAGUAUGCCAAUGUGCCUUCUUGUAAUGGCAGUAUGAAUAUCUCAAGAGGGUUUCACAUUAAUGCUAUGUAUGCAUUGAUGCUGAUGUUAGGAUAUUUGAAUGUGAACAUGAACUCUCAGCACCAAGGAACUGGUCCUAUUUGGAUGGAUUCCACACCUGGAAUGUGAACAUUUAAUCAUAUCACAUCACUUCUUUGUCACAGCUGCUGGUGUGUUAUGCAUGUGCCCACAUGAACGCCGUUUGACUGGCCAUAUUUGCUAGCCACAGCAGGUGGAACACCCUUCAUAUGAUAUGAUACACUUCUAAGCCUACCUCAGAGUUAUUCGCCUUCUUUAAAAACAGUUAUAUAAAAUUUGUACUUGAUUGAUUUUUAUACACAUCUGGCAGUGUUGAAAUACGUUCGUGGAUUUGUUUAAUUUUGUACGCAUACAGACCGUUCAGUGUGGUGUUGCAAGUUUGGUUCAUAUGUCUGUUAUUGUAAUGUAUGAGAUAAAUUCAGAGGCAAUUAAUUGUUUGGUGUGGUAUACACAGAGCUAGUCAUAUAAACGGGAGAGCUUUACAACCUGCUUCUGCAUUUCUGCCUGAUUUUAGUGCCUAUUAAUAUUGUCAUAUGAAGUAUUUAUGAUCAUUACAGAUGUGCACAUAGACGUACUGUGUCAGGUUUCUUGCUUCAGGAACAGUGAGCCAGACUGAGAUGGUAAUAAUUUGCAUACAAUUUAUGUCCUAGGAACUAUACUUUAUUCAUCUGAUAGGAAGUCAUUAAAAUGUGGGUGGUGUUUAGUGAUGGAAAUGACUUUCCUAGAAUUUGGUAGACACUCUAGAUCAGUAGACUAAGCCAAGGGAUUGUCCAAUGCAUGUUACAAGGAAAUUAUAAGAAUGCAGGUACAGGAAUUUGUAUAUCAUUGUUUGAAAUGAUAGAGUGAAACCCCCCAUUUAAGAUUUCUGUGGAUUUGGACACUAAAUUGAGAAAAAAUUUUGGAAACAAGAAAUUUAACAUGAGUUAUUGUUGACUUGGAACAUCGAAGAUAAAGGUACUUUAAAUGGUAGUCCCACUGCAUUUACAGUGUUUUAAGGCACAGAUGUAGCAUCAUUAAAGAUAAGUGCUGUGGAACUAAAUAAAACAGUGUCUACCCAUUUCUACACCUGUUUCUAGAACGGUUUUAUGUAGUACUUGAGUAUAUGUAAGUUCAAUCAAAAUUGAACAGUCAGAAAGUAAAAUACCCUAUUUUUUUAUUUAUAAAUCUGAUGUCUUUAUCAGUGAACCUAAAUGAAACAAAUAAAGGACAAAAUAGACAAAAUCUUGAAGAAAAUAUGUUCUUAUUAACGCUAUUUUACUCAAAACAGAGAUUUUCAUAAGGUGCUCCAUUAUGCUAAAUGAAGGUUGCCUGAAUUAAAAAAAUGUGUGAUAAAACUUUGUUCACUGUGCUGAUUCUCCACUGUUCCUAUUGUUUUGUUUGCAUUGUUAAGUUUCUUUUAAAUAAACAUCUGAGGAGAAGAAUGCUAUAAUUUUUCUCCAACAAGGUCUGA